CCCCCCCGAUGCCCCCGCAGCAGCGCAGAUCGGCCGAGAUGGCGGCAAAGAAAGCCGCGCUCCACCAGUACAACGACGACCACGGCCACUUUUCCCUCGUCCGCAACUUCCGCCUCGCCGACCUGAUCACGAUCAUGAACGGCGUGUGCGGCUCCCUCUCCGUCCUCUCCUCCGCCCGCUACCUCCUCCUCGCCGCCAACCUGCCCGGCCCCCCCGCCCCCGCCGCCCUCCGCACCCUCUACUUUGCCCACCUCCUCCCCGUCCUCGGCUUCGGCUUCGACGCCCUCGACGGCAAGGUCGCACGCUCCAUGGGCGGCGGCUCCAUGCUCGGCCAGGAGAUGGACUCCCUCGCCGACCUCGUCUCCUUUGGGAUCGCCCCCGCCGUCCUCGCAUUCACCCUCGGCCUCCGCACCCCGCUCGACACCCUCGCCCUCCUCCUCUUCCUCUCCUGCGGCCUCGCCCGCCUCGCCCGCUUCAACGCCACCGUCGCCCUCAUCCCCGCAGACCCCACCGGCAAGUCAAAGUACUUUGAGGGCCUCCCCAUCCCCUCCACCCUCGCCCUCACCGCCACCAUGGCCUGGUGGGUCACCCAGGGCUGGUACGCCCAUCCCUCCGCCGCCGCCACGGCCACAGCCACUCGGCAGGCGGAUGUGCCCCUCGGCGUCGUCACCCUCUGGGGAGACAAGGACGGCUGCGGACAAGUGCAUGUCGUCAGCGCCCUCUUUGCCCUUUGGGGCGCCAUGAUGGUCAGCAAGACCUUGCGCAUCCCAAAGCUGUAACCGGGAGAUUUAAAGACGGAAAGAUGUGCACUGGAUAUUUGCUGGAUAUACGAGUACACGCAUGCAAUGUUCGUUUAUGACC